CUCGCUGUUUCCCGGUGACGUUUUCACAUCCAGCCGGUCAGUGUGCUGUGUUGUAGCUGGUAGGUAGCUAGCUGCUAGCUAACCUGCUGAGCUACCUCCUCCUCCGCCUCCGAGGGCAGCUGAGCGGAGAGCCGUGAAUGAGCCCAAUGCAUCUCCCGUGGCCGCGAUGGCAGCGACACAAACGGAGGAUGCUGAAGCUGUUCGGUGCGCUGGUUGUCCUCGGACUGGCCCUGGCGUGCAUCACCUCCUGGGUGCUGGACAGCUACGACACGGCUUGGCACCCGAAACGGAGCGUUCAGCACCCCGCUGUCGGUGAUGGAUCUAAGGGGAGCUCUCCACCAUUCCCCGGCGGCGAGUUGAGCAACAUAUUCUGGUUUAUACAGGUGUCCGAUAUUCACAUAAGCCGAUUUCAUGACCCAAGACGCAUUCCAGAUUUUGAAAAGUUCUGCACGGAUACAAUUGAAGUGAUCAAGCCGGCUCUGGUACUCGCAACAGGGGAUCUAACAGACGCUAAAACUGAGAGUAAGGUGGGCUCCCUCCAGCAUGAGGUGGAGUGGCAGGCCUACCACAACAUCCUCAAGAGGUCACGUGUGAUGGAGCGCACGAGGUGGAUAGACAUCCGUGGAAAUCAUGAUGCCUUCAAUAUUAUUUCACUGGACAGCAUCAACAAUUAUUACCGGAAAUACUCAGCUAAUCAGAAAGUAGGCUCUUUCCAUUAUGUUCACAAAACUCCCUUUGGCAACUACUCCUUUGUCUGUGCGGACGCCACUCUGACUCCUGGACCCAAGAGGCCGUACAAUUUCUUUGGGAUUCUCAACCAGACUCAAAUGGACCUGCUGGACACGUUCAGAGCUGAGAGUCUGAAAAGCAACCAGUCGAUCUGGUUUGGCCACUACACCACCUCCACUGUCGUCUCCCCGUCUCCAGGAGUUCGGGACAUGAUGAGAUCUGCAGUUGCAUAUCUGUGUGGUCACCUGCAUACACUCGGCGGCCUGAUGCCCGUCCUCCACAGCCGACACCCACAAGGCACCCUGGAGCUGGAGCUGGGCGACUGGAUGGAUAACCGCAGGUACAGAGUUUUGGCCUUUGACCACGACCUGCUGAGUUUCUCUGACCUGAGGUUUGAGCAGUGGCCCGCAGUGCUCAUCACCAACCCCAAGGAUGCACAGUACUUGCACCCAGGAGUGGAGCCGCUGGGUCGAAUACGGAGGUCGACCCACAUCAGGAUCUUGGCGUUCUCUGAGGCCCAAAUCACAGCGGUGCAUGUGAGCGUAGAUGGGGAACCUCUGGGGAAAGGCCACUCAGCGGGAGGUCCUCUCUACAUUCUGCUGUGGGAUCCGUCUCUCUACCUCACUGGACUGCACACCAUCAGAGUUAAAGUGGAGGACUCGGCAGGCCGGUCGUCAGUGCAGGAGCAGCACUUUACUCUGGAGGACGACCUGACUCCCAGCUUCGGUUUCGUGCAGUCCUUCAUCCUCCUCACAGACCACUACAUCCUUGGCCGAGUGGCCUUCAUAUUUAUGAUGCUGCUGAAUGUCGGGGUGCUGCUGGCCUUCAGGUUCCUGCGUGUUCCUGCUGGGAGAGGAUUGACCUCUCAAGCGUGUAUGUCGCUCCAUAUGGUCAGCACAACAGACUCCUUCUACUACUCUCUGCUGCUGUUCAACCUGUGUACAGCCUUAGGCCCGUGGUUCAUAGGAGAGUUGAUAGAUGGCCAUAGUGGUGCCUGCUUCGCCUUCGGGGUGUUCAUCGAUGGACACUUCCUGGAGGGCAGUCUCACUUACGUUGUUGGAGUCGUUCAACUUUUAUUUUUCAACAUGCCGCUCACCUGCUAUCUCUGCUGGAGCCUCCAUCACCGUUGCCGUGGCAACACCUUCCGAUCCCACUUCCUGCGGCCGGGCUGCCGCUGGCGGACUCUGGUGGUUCACUUCUUCAUGCUGCUGCUGCUCACCUGGCAGGCCCACUCCUGCUACUUUCUGCUGGAGACGUAUGGCCCCAUGGCCUUUUUCCUGUCUCCGGUCCGCACAUGGGCGCUCGGGCUUAGUCUGCUUUUGGUGUACCACGCCUGGACAGGCCCCGCCCCUCUCGUACGCAACAACAGCAAGAGCGUGUCUCCCUCUUGACAGUAAUUGCACUGUGCCACCACGAUUUCCCUUGAGCCUGACUCACAGAUAUAUUUUGCUGUCUCUAUCCACCCCGAAAGCCUCAAUUUUCCCCACACAGCAGCAGCGGCCCCUCUCUCCUCCUUUCUUUCUCUCCUCCUUCCAGAAGCCACUUCACAGUACAUCUCUCACUAUCCUGUUUAUCAGUAGUAUUGUUUACUUAAUAUGCAUGUUAUUGUAAAGCACCGGUGAGCACAUCUCUGGCCAUAUACAUAGCAAUGUGUACAGUGUAAAAAAACAAAACCACUUGGAUACAUUGGGGGUGAAAUAGCCAAUUUUGAGCUAUGUGAAACCUCGUCCAAUGUGUGCUGCAGUUAAAGGGAUAGUUUGGAUUUUUUUAAGUGGUGUUGUAUGAGGUAUUUAUCCAUAGCCAGUAUAUUACCCAGACUAGACAGCGGUUGGCAAACCCCCAUUUUGGAGAAGUAGGCAGGAGUACCACCACGGAAGAUUUUUGUAUUUCAGCCACAUAAAAUAAUUAAUAUCACUUUAAUUGUGCGCUAUGUUUAGCAUAUUUUCGUUAUUUUACCUUGCUGUCAGACAGCCCUGUCAGGUUGGAAAAUGAAGCUGUUAUAUCGCUGUCCUCAAAGCCACCGGCCUCCAUUGACUCCAUUCAAGGUUUCCACGGUCAUGAAAAACCUGGAAAAGUCAUGGAAUUUCACAUUCACAUUUACAAGACCUGUGGAAAAUUCAUGGAAUUGGUAAAAACCAUUGAAUGUUUUGAAAAAGUCAUGAAAUUUAUUGUGAAUGUGAAAUUGUCACAGUAAUCUCCAGUAGAUAACCUUCCACGUAAAGUAACAAAACAGUAAGUUAAUUUUCUGUAUCCGUCGACGCAGCACUGCUCUGAUAACUAAUAAUAUAAUCUAGUAUUUUUUUAAAGAAAAAACGAGAAGAAAAAUUAAUUUACAGCUGAUCUCGGUGGUGAUUUAAUUAAAUAUUUAUGGAAGCAUAGUGUAGUGUCCAGACUCAGUUCUGUCUUCUCUUGUCCAGCACUUAGUAUUUGUCGUCUGGAUGUGCAUGCUUUUGCAAACUCUAGGUUGUUUUUUUUUCCUUUUUUUUUUUUUGCCAUCAUGUAGUCGUCAUCAUUUUCUCUCUGGGUUUGUCUCUCUGUUCCUGUAUGCCAGCGAGCUGAAAUAAUAUUUGAAUAUCAGGUAUGUUUGAAAAAUGCUGGGUAAGUGUGACACGAACAAAAGAAAUGAUAAAGAUUUGCCUUUUUUGGCCAUAAGAAUGUGUGGGAAUCCUGAAUAUUGUUAUAUCUUCAAAGUUACCAGACUGCAUCGACAAAAGCUGUAAUUUUACCUCACCAAACAUGGGAGUAGCUGGUCUACCAAUGCUUUAUUGGUUAGUUUGUGUUUGUUGUGCUGCUUUGUUGUUUUAGUGUGAUCGGAUUCAGCAAAGUCACACAAUAAUACAAAAAUACUAACUGACGAGGCAGUGGUAGAUCAGCAACUCGUGUGUUGUGAGAGGUAUAAUUACUGUCUUUGUCAAUGGAGUCUGGCUUUGAAGAGAGCAGUAGAGCACUUUCCUGAUUAAAAAAAGGUCUGUCUG